GUUAAAGCCAUCACUCACACCGUUAUAAAAAAAAAAAAAAAAAACUGGUUUACUUUUAUUUCGUGUGAGAAGAAGAAGAAGAAAAGUAAGCGUUGAAAUUGAAGUGAAAAUUCGUCGAAAUUUCUCACAGAUUCUUCAUUUUCUCUUUCGAUUUUCGCUUUUUUAUCCACUCGUCUUCAAUCGAAUCGAAUCGAAUCCCCCACUUUUUUCUUUCGUAUAUUUAUUUUUCCUUUCUUUCACUUUCUCAGCAAGCAAACAGGGUUUUUAGAGUGUGAAAUUGAGAAUGCAAACUAGGUAUAUGGAGAGAUCGAAUAGUAUGGCGAGAGAGAAACGAAGCUUAGAUUCAACUUCUAAUGAAGAAGAUCAACCUGAAAGGAAACGACCUGCUUUAGCUAGUGUAAUUGUUGAGGCCCUGAAGGUGGACAGUCUGCAGAAACUUUGCUCAUCACUGGAGCCUAUUCUACGAAGAGUUGUUAGCGAAGAAGUGGAGCGCGCUUUAGCAAAAUUAGGCCCUGCCAAUUUUAGUGAGAGAUCUAGAUCUUCUCCGAAGCGCAUAGAAAGCCCGGGUGGAGGAAAUUUACAGUUACAAUUUAGGACCAGGUUAUCCCUUCCCCUCUUUACUGGUGGGAAAGUGGAGGGGGAGCAGGGCACUGCCAUUCAUAUUGUCUUGAUUGAUGCAAACACAGGCCAUGUUGUCACGUCCGGCCCAGCGUCAUGUGUCAAACUAGAUGUUAUUGUACUUGAAGGGGAUUUCAAUAAUGAGGAUGAUGAUACUUGGAGUCAAGAAGAAUUUGAGAGUCAUGUUGUGAAAGAGCGAGACGGAAAACGACCUCUUCUGACUGGUGGUGAUCUGCAAGUGACACUGAAGGAGGGUGUAGGAACACUGGCGGAACUUUCAUUUACAGACAACUCUAGCUGGAUAAGAAGUCGGAAGUUCAGGCUGGGGUUAAAAGUUUCCUCAGGUUUUUGUGAGGGAAUGCGUAUUCGUGAAGCCAAAACAGAGGCUUUCACUGUUAAGGAUCACCGUGGAGAAUUAUACAAGAAACACUAUCCACCUGCCUUGACUGAUGAGGUCUGGAGAUUGGAGAAGAUUGGCAAGGAUGGAUCCUUUCACAAAAGGCUAACUAAAGCAGGCAUAUGUUCCGUUGAAGAUGUCCUUCAACUUGUGGUUAGAGACCCACAAAGAUUGCGGAAUAUUCUUGGGAGUGGCAUGUCAAAUAAAAUGUGGGAGGUUCUUGUUGAACAUGCCAAGACUUGUGUCCUCAGUGGAAAACUCUAUGUAUACUAUCCUGAUGAUGCAAGGAAUGUUGGCGUUGUUUUCAAUAAUAUCUACGAGUUGAGUGGCUUAAUCACCAAUGACCAAUAUUACUCUGCUGAUUCUCUCUCUGAUAGUCAAAAGGUUUAUGUGGAUACAUUGGUGAAGAAGGCAUAUGAGAAUUGGAUGCAUGUUGUUGAGUAUGAUGGCAAGUCUCUGUUAAAUUACAAUCAGAAUAGGACAUUGGGUACGUCCCAGCAUCAGGUUCCAGUGGGUUCCCACGAUUAUUCUGUUUCAAACUCACUCGAUCAGCAGAUCUCUAUCCCAAGUCUACCAGUCCAUGUACCUACAGGACAGCCUUCAAUGGAUCCAGGUGUAGCAGUUGGAGGUUAUCACGAUGGUACAAGUACCAGAUUCUCAAUGCAACCACAGAAUGCUGAUCUUAAUUCUGCUCUUCAGUUUGGUAAUACUGCAUUCCCUCUACAAAACCUGUUGAUGGGUGCUUCACACCAAUCUCAACUUCCAAGCAAUGAAAAUGAGUUGUCACUUGGUCCCCCACAAUCAGCCACCCCUGGCUUUCAGACUGUCGGCCUUUCAGAUCCUACUUAUAGAGGAUUUGAAGACUUCUUCCCGGAAGAGGAUAUUCGUAUUAGAAGUCACGAGAUGCUAGAAAAUGAAGAUAUGCAGCAUCUGCUCCGUAUUUUUAAUAUGGGAGGGCAACCACAGACUUCCUUUAAUACUCCUGAAGAUGGAUAUCCUUAUUCAUCUGCUUACAUGCCUUCAACCUCCAUGAACUACAACAUAGAUGAUGAGAGAAACCGUUCCUCAGGAAAGGCUGUUGUGGGAUGGCUCAAGCUUAAGGCAGCUUUGAGAUGGGGCAUUUUUAUUCGGAAGAAGGCUGCUGAAAGACGGGCACAGCUGGUUGAGCUGGAUGACUCAUAAAAUAUGAAAUUGGAGCCAUCUCAUAUGUGAUUAUCUGAGCAACAAAUUUUGCGGUUAUAGCAGCAAACAGCAAACGCUCCUUUUCUGACAUUCAGAAUUGCUAUCAUGCUGAAGUUUUGUAGCAUGAGUAGACAAAAUAUCUUGAUUGAAUUAUUUUUUGCAGCCUUAACUUAAAGCUCCCACUGGGCCUCAUAAACAGCUGUGCAGCAACCUCUGCUGUACAGGAAUAUGACCCUACAACAUCUCAUAUAUGUUUUACUUGUGAUGUUUUCCCACACUAUAGUCUAUCCUGGUUGAUACGAAAACCUGACAGUUUUUACCACCUGGUUUAAACAGAAGAGUCUACAGUGGCUUUAAAUUCCUAGGGUCUCGGUCUGGAAACUCGGAAAACUUAGGUUGGCUGUAGACAUUUAGCAGGAUGUACUGAAUUUUGUGUUAUAUAUAGGCUACAUUACAUAGGUUGAAGUUAAACACUUGAACCUAACUUGUGUGUUUUUGUAAUUUUUUUGCUGUACAAUAUUUAUGAUUAACAAUAAAUUGCUUGGUUUGGA